GGAGAGUACCUCGAUCGGACACCACGAGGUGUUUGAUGAUGUUUGGUACAUGUAGGUUGAUUGCCGCAAUCUGCGGAUUCAGAUCAUGUUCACAUACUGGACAACCAUGUUCUGUUUGCCUGCCAAAUCCUUUCCGCAGAAUGCCUGGCAGAAGGUGUCACACAGCCCUUUUGUGAGCACAGCAGUGGAGCGGUGGUGACCAUCCGAGCCUUACGUAUCCAUUGCGGAAGAGACUAACAUGUAGAGCCACUUUGUCACUUUAAGCUUAGUUUUCCUCCCCUCUCCCUGGCAUGUGAAUUUGUCAUCAUUUGUCCCUUCACUCAUGUGACUUCUUCCGACUUGCUCGCCUUUCAGCCUUUCAGGGUCAACAAACUUGGUCGGUGUCCUUUGCCAUGGGCCAGUGUGCAACAUCAACCGUGGCCAUCGAAGCGGAGCUGCAAGCUCCGCCACGGGCAGCUGCACCGGACGCGGACGCGCGGCCCACGCGGUGGCCCGCAGCGCCUCUCUACCGAGUGUUGCUGGAACGCUCCGGGGUGGAGGUGCGCUGGGGCAUGAAGUUGGGCGUUCAUCCCGAGAUCGAGGGAUUGGUCAUCACGGAAUUGACCAGCUCGCUUGUAGAAGAGUGGAAUGAUGAACAUCCGGAGCUGUGCAUCCAGGAAGGUCAUGUGAUUGUGGAGGUGAAUGGCUUUCAAGAUCACCCCAGCAUGAAGCAAGAGCUUGCCAAAGCCACUUCGCUUGACUUGCUGAUGCGUCCGAUCAGGAGCGACUUGCAGCAGUUGGCCUUUAAUGUCUUCAAGCGGAAGCACUGCCUCAGUGCAACACUUCACCCGGCAGACGUGCCGCCCGAUCAAGAUCUGGGAGGAUGUUCGAUUUGCCACGAUGCCAUGGUUGUGGAGCAGAGCGGAGCUGAUCAGAUCGAGAUGGCGCACGAUGGUGCCGUCACGGCGCACGCGGAAAGCCAAAGAGUGGUGCGAUUGGCCUGCAAACAUCACUUUCAUGAAUCCUGCGUGAAGAGAUGGCUGCUCACAGGGAAUCACAGGUGCCCUUUGUGCAAUUAUCAGCUUGACCUUCGGCCCUGAAGACUCAUAGACUUGUCCUAUGGCUCACUUAGCUUACUUGGAGCAUUUGUAGAGCUGCAGGGCAAUUGUACCGCUUAAUUGCUUGGAGCGUAGUUGAAUUGCAAGAUUUUCACUCUUUUACUCGGACUCAGAUUUUCACUCCUUUACUUGGAGUCCAGGAUUUGUCUCCUUUUGGCCUCGAGCUGUCUCCAAAGCUUGGAGAUGGGGAAAAUGACAAUUCCAGGGAUUUUACCGAAGCAGG